AUGGACUCCAGCGAGGACAUACUUGAAACUGCGGCUCGCGAUGGCUCAUUAGAUAUCGCAGAUUGGCCUCGCGUGCUGGAAAGCCUUCUCAAACGCCUACACGAUAUUGUACACAACGAGUUCCCCAUCCCGACGCUACCACAUCCUGCGACUCAGCCCCCGCCCAUAGAUCCACAGGUUGUUGCCUCGACACCGCCUCGUCUUCCCAAGAGCGACACCGAUGCAACCGAAUCCGAGGCCAGCAACAAUGGCUUGAUUGCCAGUCAGAAUAGUGCAAAAGAGAAUGAGGCGCCGACAGACAUCGCAGCGGGUCGUGCGCCGCCGGCCACCUCAACAACAACGUUUGAUGCUGUCGAGUCGCAACUCACAGAACGAGAUUCGCAGGCCGACGGUGUACAGGCGCCACCAGGUACCCUACCACCCGACCUGCUCAGCUCAUACCAGAUGUCUCGGCGCAUACUAGAGCACGAUUUCAGCGAGAGUCCUCCGUACACGAUUCAACGACUAGCGGAAUUGGUACUACGGCCCAAAGCCCACUAUCGACAUCUGAAUGCAUACUUGCGGGCUUUGGACCGCGUCGUAUCAGUAUGCUCCCCAGUCUCCAACUUCCCGCUGCCCACGAUGCAAGUCUCGACGAACCCUGGCUUUCUCACCAACGGAACACCUCAAACGAAUGGCAUUACAGAGAGGGACAGCCUCGGUAGCGAUGAGAGUCUGGGUGGUGCGCUUCUCACUCCGAUUCCAUGGCUGGCUACCAAUGGCAACGCUCUCACCCCUGCAUCUGCUACUUCUGGCACAGACGGUGAGCUACACAGCGAGAGCACCGAAACCAUUGACGGACCGCAUGGUGCGGGUAGUAUCGAGACCGUGUCCGUCACCGUCAAUGGCAUCGCGAGUACCACCAACAAUUCUGCUUAUACGAGCUCCUCACCUAUUGCCUCUCCUACGUUGUCAGAACAAAGCGAUGCUAGCAGCUCGUCGGAGUCCUCCAUGGAGGCUCAGUUACGAGAGCAAGGCGCUAUCACCCAAGGAGAACUCUUGCGACAAGAGCAAGAGGCAGGCGUGGUUGCGGUGGGCCCGAACGGCGCGGCACUGGCGCCAAGAAGGACACUGAUAUCUGGUGGAGCUGCAGCAGUGGGGCGAGACGUCGCAGCGGUUGCUGCAGUGGCCAUGCCUCUUGAAGUCCCUAUGGAUGAGGAGCAGCCACACGCAAGAGGACCAGAUGUGAUUGGUAUGGAAGACAUGGGACCUCAGCGGCAGAACAUAGAAGCAGGAAAUGCGGUCUUGGACAUGGARGCUGCGGUGGGACGGGGCAGGAGUAAAUCACCACAGCCCCCGUCAUCUGAUGAGGCGAUGAACUCAAAGCAGGAUGGCAUGGAGGGUAUAGAACCGGGCAAGCCGGGUCUUGAUUUCAAGGAUGUGGAGAAGGAUGUCGAAAUGCUGAGGGAGAACAUGGACAAGGCCGACAAGGUCAAUUUGAAGGACUCGGAUGGAGACGUCAUGCUCGCCGAUGUGGAUGGGAAGGAAGUUGGCGCCAAGGCGGAAACUGGCGGCGAGGCCAAUACGGAGGAGGAUGUAGAAUUGAAGGCCAAGUAG